AGAAAACCCAGCCAGCGCCAGUCAAUCGCACAGAUGUCCUAGCGAUCUAGCGGGGGAAAAUCUGUGCUGCAGAAGUCUGGUGUCUGUGUAUGAUAUGAUCCAAGUCGAUGAAUGCAUCAUUAUCAUCACGCUUCAUGUCCCUUUCUUUUUUCGCCCCUCUUUUACCCCGUUAACUCACAUUAUUGUUCCUGUUCCUAUAUCGUGUUUUGUUCUUCUGAGCGAAAACACACACUCGACGAUCCCGAUAAAACAUGCCCUAACUCAACUUGUCAUGUCGUUAUGCAUUUCCCUCCCCAUCCCCUCCGGAAUCCUUCCCCUUCGCUCUGAUCUCCCUUUCAUGUACUCUGGAUGUCCUCGACUGGUGAAUGUAAGUCUGCAAGAUGGAUCGUCCUCCAUCCGAAGCUUCACACCCAUCAAGUGCGAAAGGCACAGAACCAUGACCAGAAAAGGGAGAGCGGGGCAUGAAGAAAGCAGCCGAGGGGAGAUAAACCUACCUUUUCACCCACCCACCCUGUCUUGCCCUUUCACACAUCCCCCCCUCCACCCCUGCCCCCCCCUAAUAAUUGAACCUUCGAUUGAUCUCAAUAGAUUCCUGAUGAUGAAUGCGUGGCGUGAGGUGACAUGACGUGACGUGACGUGACAUGGUCUGGACCCUAACCUUAACAUGAUCUGACUUGAUGAUGGAAGGAAGGAAGUGGGGAGGAAAUGUGGCUGGAGGGUUUGGGAGUUCAGAUUAAUUCUUCCCUUCAAUUAUUGUACAGACAAAAAACCUAUUGUUCUUUAUUAUUUUUCCAAUCAGUUGCUGUACGCCUUUCAUAUCCAUUCAUGUUGGCCCGGGUCCCUUCAAUGUCCUUUUGGUGCUAAUAUACAGUAC